AGCCAGAAUCGCCGGACACGUAACGCCGUUCCCCGGUAUAAAAGGGGCCGCCCGGGCCGGGAGCCGAGAGAGGAAGAAGAAAGCAUCGAGCGACCCGUCGGAACAGUGGCUCACUGGAUCGAUCGAAUAUGGAUCGAGCUGACUACCACCACCAGCAGCACCAGUUCAUGAUGCCGCCGCCGUUGCCCUUGCAGCAGCGGCAGAUGUGCGUGCCGGUGAUGGACGACGACGACGUCGACGAGCAGCAGUUCUCGGCGGGGAGGGGCGGGAGGGCGGAGAGGAAGCGGCGGUUCACGGAGGAGCAGAUACGGUCGCUGGAGUCCACGUUCCACGCGCGCCAGGCCAAGCUGGAGCCCCGGGAGAAAGCGGAGCUGGCGCGGGAGCUGGGCCUGCAGCCGCGCCAGGUCGCCAUCUGGUUCCAGAACAAGCGCGCGCGGUGGCGCACCAAGCAGCUCGAGCACGACUUCGCCGCCCUCCGGGCCAAGUACGACGCCCUCCACUCCCGCGUCGACUCCCUCAAGCAGGACAAGCUAGCCCUCACCGCACAGGUGCACGAGCUAAGCGAGCGGCUGAGGGAGCGGGCCGGCGGCGGCGGCGCGACGGCCGCCACCGCCAGCAGCAGCAGCUGCAACAACGACGAGCUGGACGACGACAAGAGGAACGUCGUCGCCGGGUGCGUCGACCUCGACGUCGAGCCCCUCGAGAGCUGCGUGCUUGGCGGGACGGCGUGCGCCACGCCGGCCGACGUCUCGCUCUCGGUGGAGUCCGACUGCGGCGAUCACCUCCACUACGACGACGGGGCGGCAGGAGGCUUCCCGCCCGACUCCUUCUGCGCCACGCCGGAGCUGUGGGAGCCGUGGCCGUGGCCGCCUAUCGAGUUGUACACGUAGGCUUGUGUUUAUAGGUGACGUAUCUACGUGCAUGCUGUGCUUAAUCUCGCAUUCUGUUUGGGUAGAGGCGAAUGGGUAGCGGGAAUGACAGGUGGGUCCGUGUAAGAUAGGAGAAGGGAUUGAAAUUAUGAAACCUCGGAGGCAGCUAGCCAAUGGGAGAUUGGAUGCUGCUAAAAAUGGUUUGAGUUAGAGAUAAUUGCUAUAGAGUUUGCUUCAGCUGUUAUGUCUGUUCUCGCUAUGGAUUAAGUUUGGAUGAUAUGAUGAUGCAGGAUAGGUUUGGUAAA